CUCUCCCAGUUUGCCCCCCCCGGUCCCAGUCCCUCACUGGGAUGGAACUGGUGCUCCUUUGGCCCCUCCUGGGCGCCGUCGGGGCCUUCUCCACGUGCCGCUCUUUGGACUUCGAAGCCGCGCGACGCAAACGCAUCGAAGCCGUUCGGGGCCAAAUCCUCAGCAAAUUACGGCUCUCGGCGCCACCUCCGGAGGGUCCUCCGACGCCCCUUCCCGACGACGUCCGAGUGCUCUACAACAGCACUCGCGAACUCCUCCGGCAGCGCUCCCUGCGCCGAGCGGCGCCGAACCACGAGGAUUAUUACGCCAAAGAGCUCCACCGCUUCCCGAUGGAACCCUCGGCCGGAGGUCCCCCCUCGCGGCACAGUACCCUCUUCGUGUUCAACGCCUCGCGGGUUCGCUCCGAGCUCGGCCCUCGGGCGCUGCUGCACCGCGCGGAGCUGUGGAUGCUGCGCCAGCGCCCCAACGGCGACGGCCUCGGCCUGCGGCAGCGCCUCGAGCUCUACCAGGGCUACGGUAACUCCUCGUGGCGGUACCUGCACGGACGCUCUGUGGAGGCGACGGCGGACGAGGAGUGGCUUUGGUUCGAUGUCACCGACGUUGUGCAGCAGUGGCUGAGUGACAGCGAGCCUCUGGGGCUGUUCAAGCUCAGCGUCCACUGCGCCUGCGAAGAGGGACCCCAAGAGAUGAAAAUCGCCAUCGAAGGGUUCGAGCAGCAGCGAGGGGACAUGCAGGGCAUCGCGCAGAAGCACCGCCGCGUGCCGUACGUCCUGGCCAUGGCGCUGCCCCCCGACCGCGCCAACAGCCUCCACAGCGCUCGGCGCCGCCGCGACCUCGACACCGACUACUGCUUCGGGACGGAGGAGAAGAACUGCUGCGUGCGGCCGCUGUACAUCGACUUCCGUCGGGAUCUGCAGUGGAAGUGGAUCCAUGAGCCGCGGGGCUACACCGCCAAUUUCUGCAUGGGGCCGUGCCCCUACAUCUGGAGCGCCGACAGCCACUACGCCAAGGUGCUGGCGCUGUACAAUCAGCACAACCCGGGGGCGUCGGCGGCGCCGUGCUGCGUCCCCCUCCACCUCGACCCCCUCCCCAUCGUUUACUACGUGGGGCGCAAAGCGCGCGUCGAGCAGCUCUCCGACAUGAUCGUCCGCUCCUGCAAGUGCAGCUGAUCCCGGGGGACACCCCGAAACCCCUCAGAGCACCCCGAAAUCCAACAGAGACCCAGAAUCCAACAGAGACCCCAAAAUCCAACAGAAUCCCCC